AUGACCACCGAACUCGAUGCUGCCAUCGCGUUCGUAGCCAAGGCUCGACCAAGGGCGCUCACAGUGGGCGAAAAGCUCGACAUCAUCCGCCUACAGGCACACUUCUGUAAACCGGAAAUAAAAGACGUCUCAAACCACGUUGCUACCAUUUUGGGUCGCAGCAACAAAACAAUACAGACUGUGUGGUCCCAGUACUGCAACGACGGCACAUUUAAUGUUGCAAAAACGCGGUCAAAUAAAUCCACUCACGCUACCAGAGUCCCCGGAACCCAGGCUGUCAUGACGCUCGUGCUGGACCUUCUUCGUACCAAGCGGUUGACGAACUCGCGCGUUGUUGUUCGUGACGUCAUGGAACUGCUUUGCGAGCAUGGCCACUUGGAUGUCGAGAAGGAAAACCCCACUGACCAACGUCCUUCGCUACGAGCUACACAAACGUUCUUUAAACGCCGUGGAUUCAUGCGCCGGAAGAAGAAAGGACUGGAUAUCUACAUGAAGCUUGUUGUCCAUGCGUUGCAAGAAGACACGCCACGUACGAUAAUUUAUCUGGACGAGUCGUUUAUCCAUCACAAGUACAAGCUACAACACUGUUUUCGCUCCCGUCGUUAUCCGGACGGGAACCUCUUGCGGAGGCCGAAUUAA